GCAUUUUCCCGCCGCUCUAGCGCGUUGGCAGAAGCACGCCGGAAGUGACGCCAUUGCUCUGGCCUGGCAACCGUUACCAAGGUAACCGCAGGACGAGGCCGCGGCCGCCCCGGUACCUCAGGGCGCUGCCGCUGGAGCCGCGGCCCCGCUGACCCCCCCGUGAGCCGCGGUGAGGGGCGUGGACCGUCCUUCGAAGGCCGUAGAGGGGCUGAGGGAGCGGCUGGGCCGUGCUCCGCCGAGCCUGGUGCCAGCUCACCGCCUGCGGGCCUCGCUGAGGCGGUGCGUUCACCCGGCAGCGCCUCGCCGAGGCCUCUGGAGAGCUCGUCUGCGGAGGUUUUUGUUCCAGGACACGAUAAUGAGUGACCAAAUCCAGUUCAUUGUUGAGAAGCUCAAUCAAGAGCCCUUCAGGAAGAACUACAAUUUAAUCACGUUUGACUCCUUAGGGUCAACGCAGCUGUUGCAGCUGCUCAGUGAUGUUCUGGGAGAGAUUGACCCAAAGCAUGCUGUUGAUAUUAGAGAGGAGCUGCCGGAACAAACAGCUAAAAGGAUGUUGAGUCUUCUUGGUAUCCUUAAAUACAAACCUCCAGGAAGUGUAUCGGACUUGAGUGCCUUUCGCCAAGGGUUAGUGACUGGAAGCAAACCUGUAAUUCAUCCUGUCUUACAUUGGCUUCUUCAGAGGACCAAUGAACUCAAGAAAAGAGCUUAUCUGGCACGUUUCUUGGUAAAACUGGAAGUGCCAGCAGAGUUUCUACAUGAUGAUACUGUGGCUGACAUCAACAAACAGUAUGAAGAACUGAUGGAAGCAUUCAAAAACCUACAUAAGGAGUGCGAGCAGCUCAAAACAUCUGGUUUAUCUACUGCAGAAAUAAGAAGGGACAUUGAUGCAAUGGAAGAGGAGAAAGAUCAACUCGUCAAAAGAGUGGAACGUCUUAAGAAGAGGGUGGAGACAGUACAAAAUCAUCCACGAAUUCUUGAAAUAGCAAGACAGCUUCGCGUAGAAAAAGAGAGAGAAGAAUCUUUGGCUCAACAGAAGCAGGAACAAAAAAAUCAGUUGUUCCACGCAGAGCAAAGACUGCAAAGAGCACAGCUCCAGCUGAAAGAAAUGCUUCAUGCAGUAGUGGAUUCAAAACCUGAAAGUUUAAUGAAGAAACUGGAAGAGGAGAUAAAUUUCAAUACAUACCUGGUAACUGAAAAAAUACCUAGAGAGCUGGAAAGUAAGAAGAAUUCAACAUACAUCUUACAAAAGGUGGCUGCAGAGCCAGCUAUGAGUCAAUCUGAUCUCAACGUACUUGAAAGCAAGAUAAAUGAAGUAAAUGCACAAAUGAAUCAGCUUAUUGAGAAAAGAAUGAUGAAGUAUGAGCCAGCUGAUAGCAAAUUUUCCAUGUACCGCCAACAGGCAUCUAUAAUGUCCCGGAAGAAGGAAGCCAAGGCUGAACAACUUCAGGCUGCUAAGGAAGAGCUGUCCCGCGUUGAAAAGCAGAUGCAGCAGAAGACCAGCCAGGCCCAAGAGUUGGAAGGCUCGGAAGUUCUGAAAGGGGAUGAGUUGAAACAGUAUGUUAAUAAGCUCCGGAGCAAGAGCACGUUUUAUAAGAAGAAGCGACUGGAAGUAGCAGAAAUUACAGCUGAGUAUGGCAUCCUCCAGAGGACAGAAGAACUUCUCAAACAGCGCCACGAGGCUAUUCAGCAGCAGUUGCAAGCUAUCGAAGACAAGAAAGGCAUUUCUGGAUACAGUUACACCCAGGAGGAGCUGGAGAGAGUAUCUGCAGUAAAGAGUGAAAUGGAUGAAAUGAAAGGCCGGACACUAGAUAACAUGUCUGAAAUGGUUAAAAAACUGAACAGCAUGGUGGCAGAGAAGAAGGCAAGCCUAGCUCCUGUUAUCAGAGAACUGAGGCAGUUGCGUCAAAAAUGCCAGGAAUUAACUCAAGAAUGUGAUGAAAAGAAAAUCCAAUACAACAGUUGUGCAGCAGGGUUAGAGAGCAAUCGCUCUGCGCUGGAACAGGAAGUGAAAGGACUUCUUGAGGAGUGUGUUCAGGAAGAAAGCAACUACCAUUACAUUAACUGCAUGAAAAGGAAUCUAGAAAUACAGCUGCAGCGUGCUAAAGAAGAAAUGAAGGCCUAUGUCUCCCCAGACCCACAGGAGAGGCGAAAGGCGAUUCGGGAACAGUAUACACGAAUGAUUCUGGAACAAGAAAACCUUGGGAAGAAAUUACGUGAGAAGCAGAAAGUUGUCCGGGAAAAUCACGGUCCAAAUAUGAAGCAAAUUAAGAUGUGGCAGGAUUUUGAGCAGUUAAUGGAAUGUAAGAGGGAAUGUUUUCUGAAACAACAAAACCAAACGGCCAUUGGUCAAGUCAUCCAGGAAGGAGGUAAAGACAGGCUUGUAUUAUGAACUCCUGACACCAACAUAAAGUGGGAGGACAUUGCAUUGGCUUCUUAAAGGUAAACUCUGAGUAAAUACUGCUGCUUUCAUCAUUUCUACAAUUUGCUGUAUGUUGUUUGGUUUUGGUGGAUAAACAACGAGAGCAGCUCAGCACUCGAGGAAGCUCUUCCUCCACUGUUUAAGAAGCAACAUAAUGUGGUUAGGAAGAUCUGCUGUGAGAGCUGCUCUGGGGUGAACCUCAUCGUAAAUCUUUGGUUUAUGAGGCUGGGAAUGGCAUUCAUCUGCAGAGAGAUCAAAGGGAAAGAAAUCCUUCUCCAGGGUCACAGAAAACUUACGUAAUUGCUCUGCUCCUUACUCUGUAUCACUAAGGUUAUGUUUUUGCAAGGCCUGGGACCUGAUAUUGUGUUAACUGUGGACCUCCUGGCUUGGCCUUCUCCUUCCCUAUUGUCUUUAUUCACCUAGUGUGACUGGUGAGAAUGGAGCCCCGCUGGCUCUGAGCUGCCCAGACCUCGCCGGCACACUCCUCAUCAUACUUUCCUUGCACGGUUGAAUUCCAGUGAUUGUGCUUCCAGGAGACAGUUCAUUGCUCCAGCGUCAGGAGUAGGCUCUGAAAACAAUUACUUGGAGUCUGAGCUUUUUUCCAUUCUCUUUGGUGGUUGUUUGUAACAAAUGUGUUUCUCUUGCACGUUCACCUUCUGGUUUUCUGAGUUGCCCUUGUGAAAAUGUAAACGGUGGUUGACUAAAAGCUUUCUCCACCAAGGACAUUUUGAGCUGUUCUGUCAGUGCAGAGUGGUUCCAAAGUGAUUACACCACUCAAAGAGAUGUAAAUUCAGCACAGCAGUUCCUGUGUGUGUCGGGGUGAGCAGAGCAGGUAUUAGGGAAGGUUGUGUGUCCCCUGGCUUUGACCCACGAGCCACAGGCAACCGUCACUGCCCUUAAUAUUGCCUCAUGAGACCCAGAGCUGACCCGGGGUAAGAGGAAUGUGGGUGAGGCUUGAAACUGUCCCUCACGCUUCAGCAUUUUGGGUGAGUGCCUCUCAGCCACAAUCAGAGAUCAGAAGCAGAGAGAUAAGUCUGCAGGACCAAAACCGUGGCUGUUUGUCCUUAGUCUCUUGUCUUAUUGAAUUUCUAGAUAGGUUUGGGUUUGGUUUGUUUGGUGGUUGGGAUUCUUCUUAGUUUUUCCCACCUGAAGCAGAAUGUCUUUUUAGGACCCAAAAAAUAAUUCUGCUUUCUUUGAUACCCAACUAUGAGAUCUGCUGGUUUCUAUCUCAAGAGGAGAGUAUGGUGGUUAUAUAGUUCCUGGUUUGGCUUUGCAUUAAACAUAUUUGUUAACAGAACUAAAAUAAAACCUGAUGACUACAUUUUGACUGCAUGGUAUUCUUUUUUUCUACAGUUCUUAGGUGAAAGAAGGUAAAUUGUCAGUGACAAGAGUCUUGCUGGGCCACAGGAAAAAGGUUUGAAUGGGUCAUUUAAUGACGUUUAUUCUGGAUGCCAUCAAAGGGUUCAGAACUGCAGGGUAUGUGUAAGGAGUGGGUCUCAGAUCCACAGAUUCCCAGGACAUCCUCAUGUAAGCCCUCCCACGCUGCCAAAUAGCUGAAGAUUGUCUUUCUCAACAGCUGCACUGAGCUUUCCCAGGACAAGGAGAAGCAGCAGGUUUCCCCUAUGCACAUUUUCAGUGAGUAUGGAAGGAAGGCUGUUGUGUAGGACACAGGCACAGGUAAAGCUGGCCGGGGUGAGGGUUCUGCUGAAUGCUUGGCAGCAACAGUAAAACAACACAGACAACUAGAGAUGAGACAUGCUGAAAACAUGGGAUAAUCGCCAAAAAUGGGCAGUUAGGUUAGUUAGGAAUCAGCCUCUGGUUCAGAGUCACUAGACAGGGCAGGGAGAAAGGGGAUUUUUACAUACUUCAAGUCAAAACUUUUAACAAAACCCUAGAAACCCCAUCUUACUAGGCCAUUAAUGCAAAGAGGUAUUACAUGGACGAGCCUGCUGCCCAGGAGUAAGCAAUGCUUUUGACAUUCAUAGCAAUGAUGUAGAAUAAGAUUGAGUAUUGGUUUUCUGUUCAGAGUUCCCCUAAAAAUAGUUCAUCUUUCUUCCUUGUAAAAACAGUUUAUUGCUGGUUACUCAAAGAUGACGUGAUUGUUGUUCUGAUCUGAUUAGAGUUCGGUCAUUUGUACUGCAGCAAGAAAGGGCACACAGAUUAUACACUACAGCAGCAGCAGCAGCAAAAUGACUUUCUGAGAUGAAGCAGAAAAUCAUCCUAGCUGUCAUGAAAAGAAAAUUGGAAAAACUCAAAUGCUAUUUUUAGCUUUUCAUAAAUGGGCAUUUCAUAAAUGCAACUUUAAUGGCUUCUGUUCACUGGCUUUUCAACCUAGUUCAUGGCUUGAGGGGAGAGUUCAAAAAUCACAGUUUUAUCUUUACUAACUUGCAAAUAAAAGCUUCAAUUUUUUUUUUACUUUAUUGUUAUUAAUAACAAAGUAAAAUAGUUAUUAAUAGCCUAACUGGUUAACUAAUAAGAUUAAAUGUACUACAUGGCAAAAUAACAGCCUUUCUCUUGUGAAGGGCUCCAGCACUUACUAAAUGUCUUCCUGUUGGAACACUGAUCCAUGCGGUCCCUCAUGAGCAGCAGCUUUGUUUCAAAAGGCUUCUCCUUGUCUUCACCCAGAACUGGAUGAGAAGUGUCCCAGCUAUAAAACUACAACAGUAUUCUGCAGCUUUGUGUUAUUUAGUCACCUUGGCUUCAGCUGUCUUGAGAGCUACAGGCAUGUUCCAUGUGGACCUAAGAGAUUAAAUAGUUAUAGCCAUCAGAAACAGGCAUAAGAAAACAGUACAUCUACGUGGUGCAUGACAACCAUUUCACCAGCUGGAGAUCAGAUUAUUGUGUUUAGAUUAGUGAUACCAUUUUACUUCCACUUGAACUAUAAUAAAUAAAAUAGAUGUUCUUAUUAACUACCCCAAACCUAGGAUUGCUUAUUUGUAUAUCUUUACUCAUAUGGAUAUUACUACUAAUGUUGCCCACAAUCAUAACAGUUAAGCCCUGCUAUUGUAUUUGUGGUUAAACAUACUGAUUUCCAGAGCUUGCUUAAUAACUUUUCUGCAGUGUGAUGCUGCUCGCUGUUGUAAAACACAACGCAGCAGAAGUAUUUAGCCACAGUUGAGUGCCUAGAAAAUGUCUCUGCAAUGAGGAUGUUUAGAUUACUAAGCAUGGAUAGUGUAGUACCCAGUAAGCAACAUGAAAUGUAUCCUGCGAGAGACUUGCUGCUUCUCCUUAGAUGAGUGCUUUGUGUCUGGCCCGGAUGAACAGUGACUGAAUGCUCACUGCUAAUGUCCUGGUGGCUGUCCUCAGCAGGCGAUCCAUGCAGAGCCACUUGGCAGUAUCAGCCCAAUUCCUAAAUCACCACUCUGGCAGUGUUUGGUGAGCCUGGAGCCAGCUUCCAAGUGAAGUCAGAUAGAUGUAUGACUGACAGACCAGGGAGGCUGAAGUGCUGUCACCUGGAAGGGUGUCCCCUUGGGAGCAAGGUCAUGACACAUUGACACAGCGAGUGUGGGAAGCUGUUCCCCCAGUGUCUUGUCUGCCUGCAGAUCUGGUUUCUCCCGUUGGUCCUGUAUUUGCACAGUCUUAAGAGAAAAAAACUAAAGAACCUGAACGUGCGCCCUGUCCGUGUUAUCAUCUGUAGCAGCAGGUUUCGGGCUGAAGGAACGCUGUUAACUCUCCAGCUGCCUUUCUCUAUUGCAGUUCAUAAUGGAAACAGAAUUGACAUUUUCAUGGACAUACCAGUGUUCCAGCGAGGAAGUAUUACACAAAUCAACAAUUUUAUCACAAGGUACCACUUGUCUGGGCAACACCCAACUUGGGUAGUUGUUUCUUAACGAUCAGAUUUUGACCUAUUUCCAGCUCGUUUCAAAAGUUCUCCAAAUACUCAGUGUCUCUGUUUCUGUAGCAUUUAGUUCUGUGGCACCAGCUUCCCAACUCCCAAGGCAAUGUCUUUUAUUUCCAAGGUCAUUGGGUAGGAAAGGGUAUUUCUCACAGUUACAUUUCACUGAUUUCCAUGAUUCCAGAUUAGAGACAUAAAACCACCGUGAGCCACUGCGCCCUGGUGAUGUCAAGCUCUGGUGUUUGAGGGGGGAGCAAACAUAUUCCAAAUAAUCAGCAGGAACUGUGAGACAAAUCAUGUCCUUACUGUCACAAAACCCUCGCUGACUUCAGUGGGAGUUUUGCCAAAAUAAGGUCUGCUGGAUUUAGCUCUGUAUUCUUCCUCCUGACGGAACAAGCAGGAAUUAAAGGGCCAGCAUCAGAUUUAUAAGACACAGAGGAUAAAAAAGAACUGUAAUUAUCCAAAAGAAUGACUUUCAUCCAACACAGAUCAAUGUUUCAUUAGACACAUUCUAACUUACAACAAAAAUCAAAUGGUUGUGGAAGUUUUUCCCAGCACAAACAAUCCAAGUACUCAAGCUCUUAGCAGUAUGGUUUGAUUUUUAUUAGACAUCUACGAGAGGCUGUCUUGCACAAAUCUAGCACUGAAGUAUUUAUGCUGUUUAGCACUAAAACACAACUUUCUGCAUUACCUUGUAUUUAAAGGCAUUGUUUACAUUUCUUAUCUUAAAAAAUAUGUAUAUUUUUACCUUUUUUUUUUUUUUGCAUUUCUAUUCCUCAUAGUUUUGAGAAAAGUAUGUUUUGGCAAAUUAGGAGACACAGAACCAGCAUUUGCUGAAAUGCCAGGAACUGGACUUCUUUUCCUGCAAAUGGAGCUACUCAGGCCAGUGUCUAUUACACUGUUUCAGUCUGUCACUGCAGAAGAACGUGUCAUGUUUAAGCUUCUACAUUUCAUUGUGACUGCUCAAGUUUUAAAAGCACUCAUUUAUACAAUAAGCACUUCAUUAGGUCUAUUCUUGAAAUAGGAUAAAGCAAAUCCUGCACAUUUUGCUAAUACCAGAAAAAAUGCCAUUGAUGAGGAGUAUGGAAAAUGGGAUCUUGCCAGUUUUCAAAGAUAAAACCCUUUCUCGCUCCCUACUUCUUUUCUCUGGAAUGGAACAGCAAAUAUGCCUGGCCCUUAGGGAGCAACAAGAACAAAACCAUAAAGGCAUACAUCACAUGCAAAUAAUAACCACAGAGGGAAAUAAGGAAGGAAUUAAUCUCACCAUUUUUAUAUACAUUUUACAACUGGUUCACACUGAAAACAAAACCCCAAAAAUCUCAAUAUUUUCUGCAGCUCAAAGUUGUGGGGGUUUUAAUGCCUUUUUUUUCCACUGGAUUACUGUUUAUUUGAAAUAGCAGUUGUAACUCUAAGGUUAUCAAUAUGAAUAAUUCAGCAGUUUAAUUGGUUUACAUUAUUGCAGCAUUUUCUGGUGAGUAAACCAGUGUUUAGGCAUUUCCUGGCAGUUGUCAGAGAAAUCUUAGAGCCAUUAGUGAAGAAUUCCCAAAAGCAAGAAGGGCUGGUUAAUUUGGGAGUCUAAAAACUGAGGCUUUAAAAAUCACAGGAAAACUAAGCAUUUUGCUUAUCAACUGCUGGGUAAAGGAUGCAGUGCUCCAAACCAGCAGGCUGUGGACUGCAGCAUUCAAAGACUUUGAGGGUUUUAAAGCAUUUAUAAAACAUUGUACCCAUCUCCCUUAUUCCCUGCUUUAAAGCUUGCCAUGUUUUUGUAGCAUAUUAAAAAGAAAACAGAACUGUAACAGAACAUUGAAAAUCACCCACAGACAACCUGUUCCACUAAUAUUCUACAUUCAUGUUGCAUCUUUCUGUCCUAAAGGAUUUCUCUACUUCAUUUUCAUUUUCCAUGGGCUGCUCAGGUCUGCACAAGUGAGCCAGGAAACAGUGAGAGAUCUAGUUAAUGUACAGCAGACAGUAAUGAAAACUGGGCAUUUACUAUUUCAUGGGCAAUGACAAAUUGAAGUCUCCUUAGGAAAAUAUCUCCCCCAGCUAAUAACUAGAAAGCAAUCUGAAUUCUUCUAACAAAGAGGUGGAGCCUGGCAUACUUCAUAGUGGGUUCUUACCAUUGUGCUUACUGUUCCUUCUGUGGUUUUAUUUACUACAACCAUUUGUAUGUGAAAUGCAUCACUUUAAAAUCUAUAUGCACUGAAGGUUCUUUUCUGCUUGAUUUAACUGAACGAAGUGAAGGUCGAUUGUAAAAUACAACGAGUGGCAAAGGGAGAACUCAGGUACUGGAAAAAGCACUAUAAAUAUUUUCCUGGGAUCAUUAACACAACCUGUAACACUUCACCCCGUGUAGCGGAAAGAAUUGUAGAGCCCUUUUAUGAAAUGGCUAAAAAGUGAUUCCAAUUCCAUCCCAAAUUAACGUGGCUUUUUCUUUAAGUGUAAAGAAAACAUCCCCUAGUUCUUAAUUCUGUUAUCAAAGUUAUUUUCAAGCUCUGAAGGGAUUCACUUGCAGUGACCUGGCAGUGUCAAACUAAGGUUCGACUUUUAUUCUGACACUUCUUGAAGAAUUUGAUUGAAACUAUAUAUGUCCAGAUAACACCCAACAAAGUGCCCCUCUUGCGUUUGUUUCGAGAUAUUUUUGGAAACAACAGAGGCGACCUUGGAUGGAGCUGCUUUUCCAAUUUAGGACUUCAUUUGGUCGAAGAGAGUAAAAUUAUACUCUUUAAUCCUUUUGUGUGCCUGCAAACAAGACAGCUUUAUUUUAUGCCAUUGCCGAAUUGUUUUUCUGCACCUUCUUAGCAGUGUUGAUCUGUUUAGAUCAUUGAGAAGAAUUAUUUUAGGUAAUCAAGAGUUCCUUUCAAAUGUACAUAUAAAUAGUCCUCUGAUGUAUCAUAUGCCCCUUAAAUAUAUUGUGUAAUCUAAACCAACAGUGGUCCUUUAUGUAACACCUUCGGUUCUUUAGAACUAGUGUUAAUAAAUAAGCGUUCCCUUUUGCUUAUAGACACGACGAGUCUGAUUUCAAGCCGGAGCUCACGCAGACUUGAUGUAAAGUCUAAAUGAGGAGGGUGGUAAUGCCGGCGCCUGCGCUGCGAUGGGACUGCCACCUGUCCAGAUCACAGCAGAAACAGCGUUUGUCAAGCUUCAAGUUGAAAAGCCAAGCCUAGGAGCCAGGUCCUGUGAACAUCGACACUGGGGUGACUGUUUUCUUCUCCCUCGCUUUGCCAGCUGUGCAAUUGUAUUGGUACCAUUUUAUUACAUCCAAUCACUUAAGAUGUUUUUAAGUAGUUUGCACUUAAUUUUCUACAUAAUCAAUAUCUUUUAAUUCAUUUGUAUUGCUCUCUGUUGUAGGCAUACUGCGCUCUGGAAUAAAAUGGAAUUUGUUGCACUAAUGCAGUUUCACUGCUGUGAAUAAAGAGAAUUGACAGAG